AAUCAAAACUAAUUUUCCGUUAACAAUUAAAAUUUAAUAUUAAAUUAAUAAUUUAUAUAAUACUAUAUAACUGUAUGGAGUGUGAAAGUGAGAACUAAUGAAACCGAUGAGGCGUAAUUGAACGAACUCGUAGCCGCUGUAACCUGCUGAAUGUUUGAUCGCGCCACUUACAGACUGUACAUACGGCAGGUAACUGUAACAUCUACCUGGUCAAAUCGGUGUUAUCCCAGGAACACGUGAAAAACGCGCGUGGUACAUUCUUGGAGCCUUCGAUACAGUUUCUUUUAUCUGUCAUUUGUCAAAGCCCGACAUACUCAUAUUGAGGUUAUAUCAUAUAUAUUCGCAUACUCUACCUACGAAUAUCGAAGAUUUCAGGCAGAUGUCUAUUGCACGCGUUAAGUACGAACACAAAGUGUAAAGUGAUGCGGCAAGAAAAUACAGAUCCCAAAUAUCGCGUUCGUUUACAAAAUGUGCGUGUUGCGUGCUAGCAAAUGUCAAUAUAUAUAACGUAUAUAAAUAGUGUGUGUCUGAUGUUCGCUAUAUUUUACGUGACAACUACAGAAAUUCUGUAAACAAAUCCAUAAGAAGCGCAGAGUUCCGUCGCCGGUAACGAUAUCUCGCGUGGCGCUAGCGGCACUGCGAUUCUCGAAAGUUUCGCCGCCACUUGUGAUUUAAAUUCGCCGCACUUCGCACAGUUGAAAAACUCUCGCAACACGGUCGGCACGCUCCGUUCACGCGCAGUGUUAUCUCGCAGUUUACGUUCCAUCCCACGUUGUUUCCGCGUUAAUCUCGCAUUAUUGUGCUUCGCGUUUGAGGAUCGUGUGCCGGAAUGCAAAAUACGCCGUCCCGUGUGCAGCGACGCUGUUUAAUUCGUCGACGAUCGCCGGCGGCAAUUUGACGCCGUUUACCCGCCAUUACUCUCUUCUUCCCACAUAUCGAUUCCCACGUGAACUAGUACGUGAUAUAAGUAUGUGAUUCGUCGUGGAAUAUUUAAGUCAAAUUGGGAUCGCAAAAUCAUUGACGAAAUGGCGGCCGAGCAUUGCAGCGAGUUUAAAUGUCGUCCAGAAAAACGAGGCAGAAUCAUUCGAUACAGCACCUGCUCGAGCUACCCUCGAACCGGGAGUCGAAACUGCCAGGAUUUCCCGCGAAGGAGCACACCCAGCUGCCGCCGUCCAUGCCGACCCCCCGCCAAGUUCCGGUGACCGUGUUGCAUCCCUCACCGAAAAAGUUAUAUCUGAGCAAAACACGGCAGGCUGCCUUCUCGGCCGAUUUGCAGCAGUCUCUCUCACGAACAGUCAGUCCAACCGCACGCCAGCAAGAGCCGUCCCUCGCAAGGCGGGAGUAUCCCCGCCAAAUCAUGAACAAGGUGGACGAUCGAGUCAGGUCUCCGGGAACAUCACGAUGCCUGACCGCUGCUACCAUGUCGCUCUCCAUCUCGCCCUCUAGCCCCGAAGAACCUGUUACGCUGGUGGAACUGACCAGCGUGCCGGGCGGACAGAAUGCGAUGGCUCAUCUCAAAAAGCGGAAGCUGGAAGCAGAGUCGGUCGCGCAGAACCCUAAGCAAACGCAGCAGCAACAGUCGCAACAGCAGCAAUUGUUGAUCAACAAGAAGGGCCUGCAGACGAACGCGCCGCAAGAGAUGGAGUCGUCUGACGCGGCCGCGAAGCGGAGGAGGAAAAGCGUCCGCGACGAUGACGUGCGAAAGACGAUCGACGCGGCCGAUCCCAACAAAAAUAUACCGCUGCCGCAGAAGAAGCGUGCGUUCGCGUCGGGAAACUGCGGCAGCCCCGCCAGAAAGUCCAGCAAGCACAGCGAGGAGCCGGAGGACGAUGAGACUCUUAUAAGGGAGACAGAGGCCGCCCUGAAGAGUUUGUCCGGCAGUUGGCCUGGCCCCAGAGGUUCCUUGUAUCAGAGAGGCAACUCGGACGAGGACAGAUACGAGUCGAACUUUGAGAAUCUCUUUGAGGAGAAGAAGGAAAAUCCAAAGCUGUCGCCUUCGUCGGUGUCGACGUCUUCGAGUACGAGCAACGACACCGGUUGUUCUCUCAAGGACGUGAUUACCCUUCGCGGCCAGCAAGACCGGUCGAAUAAGAUGCAACUGCAGAACAGACAGCAGGACUCGAAAUUGCAGCAGCCGGUGAAAACCAAGAAGGACCUGGACAAUCUGCUAAAGAUAGAGAACGAAUGCAUUCAGUCUCAGGUGAGCAACGCCAGUCAGAACGAACCGCCGAAAAUCCGACCGAUCUCCGUUCGCUCGUUGUCGAGCAAAGAGAGGAACGACAGGAGCAUGGUAGGCGCACAUAUCGACUCUCAGGGUAGGCAAACUGACAAAUACUCGAGAUACGACCCGCCGGAUUUCAACGAGCUGGUGGACGACUCGUCCAACGAACUAGAAAUCGACAUGUCGGAUCCGACUGCCGACAAAGACGACGGUGACCGGGACAGGCUGAACGACAGAGAACGUGACCGAACGUGCAAGAACGGUCAGUCGCCUCCGAGCAUCGUCAGGCAACAGCAGCAGCAACAACAACAGCAACAGCACCACCAGCAACAGCAUCAGCCGCUUUAUUCAAGUUAUCAGAGACAAUACAACGAUGGCAGCAUGAAAGUCUCGCCUACGGGGACUUCGUCGUCCUCGUCACCGCCAGCGAACUCUCCCUUCUCGGCGACGUCUGCCUUCAGGCCGCCUAACACCGACCAUACGAAGGCACCGUGUCGCAGCGCCUCUUCAGUGCCAGUAGCCUCUUCGGCGAUCCCUCCGAUCGGUCCUUACCCGGCUUCCGCCACCUUCGUGGGCUAUCCGACGCCUGGACCAACGAUGCCGACGCCGCAGCCUGUGGCUGGCAUCUCGCCCGCGUCGGAAGACAAGCACUCGUCCACGGUGUCGUUGCUGCAGCUCAAGUCGUCGAAGGAGGAAGGUCAUCAUGUGACGACUCACGAUGUAACUUCGAAUUCCGUGUCGCCCAGCAAGAGCCCAAGCGGCGGCCUACCCUCCGUCACCAGCCCCGACUCCUCCAAGCAGUAUACGAUCCUCCAGCCCGCGGGGGUUGGCUCCAGAGCAGCCAGUGCGAUUCAAGAUAUCGCGAGGGAAGGGGUGGUCAGUGUCGCCGCUGUGAGCAGCUGCAGCACGGCGAGCAACGGCAGUGCGAGCAACGUCAACAACGCGAGCGCGAACAGCAACAACGGGGUCGGCGGCAAAGCAAGCGGUGGUAACGGUGCUAAUAACGGCGGCAGUGGCGCGAAUCCCGCCGGAAACCCGAGCGCAAACAGUAUCGCUAGUAUAACCAUCACGACGGUGUCGACGACGACCACCACGUCCAGUCCGACCGUCGCCGCCGAUGUGCCUUCCGUGAGCGGCCAGCCUGACAGCGUCAUGAAAAUGCCGGAGAGACCCGGUGCCUUCGACAGUGGCAGGCCGGGAAUGUCCAUGUCUCCGUCCAGUCUCGGCAGAGAGGGCAACAAGUGCCCGACCCCAGGCUGCACGGGGCAGGGUCACGUGACCGGACUCUACUCUCACCAUCGCAGUCUUUCCGGAUGCCCACAGAAGGAUAAAUUGACUCCAGAGAUUCUGGCGAUGCAUGAGACUAUAUUGAAAUGCCCAACGCCUGGUUGCAACGGCCGCGGCCAUGUCAGCUCCAAUCGGAACACGCACAGGAGCCUGUCCGGAUGUCCCAUCGCCGCGGCCAAUAAGCAGGCCGCACGCGAGGCACGACACAAGGCUCAAGUGCCGGGAAUACCGCCGGAAUAUAUCAGCACGAAUCUUCUGCCACCAUCGAUGGACACAAAAAGCUACUCGCAGUACGGCUCAACGACGCAGGACACGAAGCCGGUGUUGAGCAGCUUGACCUACGACUACUAUUCGACGACGAAGAACACCGGGAUCAACGUGAAGCCGCCGAAGACGCCGGAGGAGAACAGCACGACGCGGCCCACCAAGGUACCCAAGACGGAGAACAUGACUCUCAGCAGCAGUUGCUGCAACACUCUCUCCACGAGGAACCAGAACACGGGCGAGCUGCUGGUUCCGAAGACGGAGGACACCGCGUCCUGUCGCGUCAACUCGCCGCCGCCACCGCCGCCGCCCGCAGUACGACAGACGUACGAUUCCUACAUGAGUCAAGACUCUAACUCCUCGUCCAUGUCGUCCAUGGACGCGAUGGGCUCCAGACAAUCCAUAGGCGCAACGAUCCACCAUCCUAGUCAGCACCCAACGCAUCAUGUUCUGCCGAUGCAACCGGUCGCCUACCCAAUGCCGAUGGUUGAGGAUACCAGAAUGAGCCAUCAAAUGUCGCAAAGAUCACCGUACGAGCCUACCGCGAUGAUGGCCGCGGCGGCUGCCGCAGCUGCGGCUGCGACCACCACGGACGACCUGUACCAUCACAGAUCGACUGAACACGCGAGAGCAUACAUGCAUCCGGGCGCGAGCAACAUCGCGCGACCAGUAGUUACGUACUCCAAUGACAUUACGGCCGGCAGAGGCUACGAGAACGCGGUGGUGAGCGCGGCUAAUCAUCGACCUUACGAUCCUGGCACCACCGCGACCUACGAGAGAUACGACACGCAGUCGUGUGUGCCCAUCCCGUCGCAGCAGCAACAGCAACAACAGCAACAGCAGCAGCAGCAACAGCAACAGCAGCAGCUUCACUCGAGAGCGAACAUGUAUUAUCUGGGUCAGACCGGUAUGACGCCGGAGGAGCAGGAACGGGUUUAUCAUCAAGAGGCAGCGGCGGCCGCGCAACAACAUCAAAUGGCGAUGGCCGCCGCUACCGCAGCCGGAAUGAUGAAGACAGAAGAUGGUAAUUUGUUCGAAAUCAUCCCCGCAGCUGCUCAAGACUCGGCGGUGCCUAAACGUUGCGUCUCUGUGGAUGUUGCAGUGAAGUGUGUUACGGUCGCGCAGGUGCAGCAGAUGCAGAAACCUGGUGGACCGCCCACCUCACCUGGGGGAUCGGUGAUGGACUUAUCUACCUCCAGUGUUACCUCCACCAGUCCGCAGGCGCCACCCUACGGCUCGAACAGCCUCAGUCCGCAGUAUGGAGGAGGACAAACGGUGGGAAGCAGCCCUCAAGCCGCAGCAAGUCCCCACUUGACGGCCAGCCCUCAAGUCCCUAGUCCUCAGGGUCAGACUCUGGAUCUCAGCGUCAAUAGACUUCACAGUGGUGCGCCCAGUCCGCAGUAUUCCACCGGCCACGGUGAAGCCGUGGCGGUUCCGGUGGGUCCGGGUUUCCCAGCGCCACGGCCGAUCGAGGAGCAGACCGAACCGGUUGAUUUCUCAACGGCGAACGAGCCAGUCAAUUUCAGCGGAGGUCCGGGGAUCAGGCCUGUUCCUGGGUUUCCGCCACCCGGGGUGCACGUGACGGCGUAUAGUCGCGAGAGUACGCCCGACAGCGGGGGUUCCCACUACAUGGACGCUUACCGAGAACCCACUAAUUACGGGCCGAUGAGUCCUCAUCCAGGAUACGGGAUGACCGGCGUUCAACCCGAGUAUCCCGGAAACACGUACACCGCUUACCCCACUGCAGGUUACAACUGUGGUGGAACUUACCCGGGUGGUCCGGUGACUUCCGGUUAUCAGAUUCCAGCGGGUUACACCCCGGCACCGUGCUACAGCAUGCCACCCCCACAGCACACGGUUGGACCUCUCGAUAAACCGUCCGGCAAGGACGACAGUCUCUCCGGAUGUCCGCGAGCCGACCGCUCGCAGAUCCAAGCGCACUCCCAGGAGCUCAAGUGCCCUACGCCGGGAUGCGACGGUUCUGGACACGUCACGGGAAAUUACUCGUCGCACAGGAGUUUAUCCGGCUGCCCACGAGCCAACAAGCCAAAAAGUAAACCCCGAGAUGGCCAAGAUUCUGAGCCCUUGAGAUGUCCAAUCCCGGGUUGCGACGGGUCCGGCCAUGCCACCGGCAAAUUCCUGUCGCACCGCAGCGCGUCUGGCUGCCCGAUUGCAAACAGGAACAAGAUGCGGGUGCUGGAGUCUGGCGGCACGGUCGAGCAGCAUAAGGCGGCCGUGGCGGCCGCGACAGCCAUGAAGUUCGAGGGUGUCAAUUGCCCCACGCCUGGAUGCGACGGAAUCGGCCACAUAAACGGCUCUUUCUCGACACACAGAUCCCUGUCGGGCUGCCCGAUAGCCGGCCACGCCGUGAAGAAGCCGAAAUUCGAGGAUAAUAUGAGCAUGUACGGCAAAGGAAUCACCGGGGUAGAAGCCGGUGGUCCGGCUCACGGGGGUGCGGUGGGCACGGGUCAGGGUAACUCGAGCGGUAGCGGGACCGCCGGUGCCCAGAGCGAGGAUCUCUACACACUGGAGGCUGAGAUCACCGAGCUCCAGAGAGAGAACGCCCGGGUCGAGUCGCAGGUCCUACGCCUGCGCUCGGAUAUCACAGCCAUGGAAAAUCAGCUCAAGCAGGGUGAUAAGGAAACGUCAACGAUAGCUCAGCGUAACAACAAUCUGACUGAAUACUACCAGUCGCUGCGCGACAACAUGAUCUCCCUGCUGGAGCAUGUGCGGAUACCGAACGCCCCGGGCGGACCGCAGGAGAAGAUAGGCCACGAGAACUUCGACAGUUACCUGACGAAGCUGCAGACUCUGUGCACCGCCGACAGCUACUGCACCGACGAAAGCAACCGGCCGAUCUACGAGACGGUGAAGACCGCUCUGCAGGACUUUACGGUCCUGCCGACACCCAUCUGAGACCAUCCUUAAGGCUCGACGAUUGGGUACUGAGAGCGUCGCUCGGAGCUCGCGCGACCUACGAGCGGUUUGAGCUCGUGUUCGCAUCGCUGAUCGCAGUCAUAGUUCACCUCCUGUUCACCGAGAGCACCGAGUGGACGAACGGCGCGAGAGACGCCUCGGCUCCGAGGAGAGACGACCGAGUUCCGCGCGGGAUCGGCCUACGACCUUGGGAGAAACCCGACUUCGUGACGCGUGAUUCACCGACGAUGAUGCCGCGGCGAGUCUCGACCAUGCGACGUCACAUACGUAGAACUCGCGUGGAUUUCGGAGUGCGUUCCGCGUCUCGCGAAACGCACCGCCGCGAUCGCGUGCGAGCAACGACGUCGGUGAAAGUGACGUCGUGGCCGGCCGAGCACACCGGCGCGCAUAGGCUGCCUGCCCUGGCAGUGAGCGUUGUAACGGCAUCUAAACUGGAUGACGGCUCCGUGAGCAUCCAUCCGAGCUGUAAGCUUGACGGACUGUUACUACUACACGCGGAGCGACGUUGCUCAUUAGCGAUAUAUCUUUUGUACAUAAUGAAUGAAUCAAGAGUGUCACGAUCGACGGGUCGCAACGGCGGUGGCGGCCGUCGUCGCCGCCGCUGUCGCCGCCGCCUCGUGUAAUGUAAAUACACAUACAUACAUACACAUACACAUACGUGUACACACACACACACACACACACACACACACAUAACAUACAUGGACAUACACCACGGGAGAGGAGAAUGCAUUUAUAUAUUAAUCGACAGGUCGAUGGUUAACGCUCUAAGUCGUGUAAAGAGGAUAAGUGAGAAGAGAACAAGAUUGACCUUAGCUGUAUAUCGAAUUCUUGCCGCUGCUGCACUUCACCGCGCUGUGUAACUGUUAUUGCCGUUUCGAGAACGAUCGCGCGCGUCCGCGCGACUUACGAGGACACCGGCCUGCGUGUCCAUCCAAUGACGCUUCUGUGCUGAACCGAGGGCUACUUAUAAACCAAGUUUAUCGGCUAACCAUUUACCAGCUAGUCACUAUUAUUAUUAUUAUGAUUAUUACUACUACUACGAUAUUAUUACUACUACUGUAACUGUUACAACCAGCCGGAUCGUUUUUAGCGACUAAUCCAAUCGUCACAUUAUUGCUACCACUACUCUUACUACUGUCGAUAAAAAAAAAAGUAUAGUCACGAGUAUACCAAUGCAUUUAUAUAAUAUUAACGAGUCUACGAGAGAAAAGUGCGACGCGUUGUGUCCAUAGGUUGUACAUAUAGUGACAGAGAUAUACAAUUAUUAUAAGUGCGAGAAUCGCUGGCGAUAAUGAGCUGUGCGAUUUUGAUAGGACGACGAGGGCAAAGUAGGAAGGGAGGGAGAGAAACAGACAGACAGAGAGAGAGAGAGAGAAAGAGAGAGGAGGAGGAGAAGGAGGAGAGAAAGAGAGAGAUAAAAGGGGAUAGAGAUAGAAGGGAAAAGUGAGCGUUGGCGGGAUUAGAAGAAGCGUGAACUCUUCUUCAUCGAUAGAUGUCAAUGAUAAGCAUAAUGCAAUGUCGAAUUUAUAACUGUCCGAGGCGAAUCGCGGGUGAUCCGACGAUCGUUUCGUCAAGGACGCGAAGAGGAAUCGAGAUUGAGCGUGUAUGUCCCUUUGGGAUACGACGCGGCCGAAUCGGAGGAUACUUGUUCGUACGUGCAAUAAUUUUAGGAUGCGUCGCAUUCUCUCCUGUACAUUCGCGAAUUACUUGCCGCACCGUGAGGUCACGUGUACAUUUCGCAUCGGCGCGGUUGUUACUGUUUCGUUGAUCAAUUUAUGUUCCUACUUAUUAUUAUGAUUAUUAUUACUAUUAUAUUGCGCGUUCGCGUUUCGCUGCUGGAUCGAGAAACGAGGGGAAAGCUACGAGAACCUGUAAAUACCAAAAGUGUCCAGAGCGCGAGUCGUAGAAAUCGUCGCUUCUCGUGGGAACCGCGUUAAUGUUACGAGUGUUAUUAUGAUUAUUAUCGCCGGUUUUACCCGCCCGGAACUUUCGUUUUCGCGCUGGGCUGACCUUUCACACCCACGUCGAUCGACAUAGAUGCCAAGAAAGACAAAGAGAGAGAGAGAGAGAGAGAGAGAGAGAGAGAGAGAGAGAGAGAGAGAGAAUGUCAACACAAUGUUGACAUAAUUGGCAGCAAUGAGCGAUGAGAAACCAGGCGAUCUAAUCGACGUCGCGAAUGCAUGUCCCGUCGACCAUGGACGGGACAUAAACGAACGAGCUAACUAUAAAUAACAAGAUACGUGAACGGUGCCGUCGGCGAUUGUAUCAACUCAUUACGCUAAUCUACAAUAAUUGAUAUUACUGGCAAAAUAAUGUGGCACAAUAUCGCAUUAUCGUUGUAAUGACGUAAACGCGUGAGAUAUUUUUAAUAUUCUUAUUCCGAACUGUUAUCACAAUGAGACACACGCGGUGCCGGAGAUAAGGUAGCAGACAUGUCGAUCGGAUAAUCAGUGAUCGGCGGCGUAAGGCUGCAUUACGUUAAGGUUAUACUGAGUUCGCUCCAAAUGUGGGUACGGGGUGCAUGUACAUAGAGAAAAGUCGAGAAACGGAAAAAGUUAUACGGGAGGAAUUCAUUGUUCGCCUGUGAGGCCGACGAGGUGGCGGAGGAAAAAGCAUGCAGAAGAAGUAAAUAUACUUUAACCAAACCACCGUGUAGUGAGAGUAAUAAUAAACUAAAGAUAGCGAUAGUCGACCGACAAUUACGAAUAAUCUCGACGUUAUAAUUAUUCUUGUCACUAUCAUUAUCAUUAUAAUUACGGUUAUUAUUGUCACUAUCGUCAGGCGAUUCUUUUACUUCGACUUUGGCGCGAUUGACGAGCACGAAGGUGGAAUAACGAGCGACAAUGUGGGAUGAAUAGACUAACCAACAAUCGACUGUGACUACAUUUUGACUUUCCCACAUCACCUCCCGCGUUCCGUUGCAAUUAUCAUUGAUAUACUCGGCGGUGUCAUUAUUCGUAUCAUUAUCGUCGUCAUCUACUAGUCAUGUGUGUGAUCAUUACUGUUAAUAACUAUUAUGAUUAUCAUUAUUAUCAUUUUUAUUAUUAGCAUUAUUAUUUGAUUAUUAUUAUUAUCUUAUGAUUGGUAUUGCCAGUUCAAUUUAUCGCCAGUCUCUAUUGCCGUUACGUUUUAUCAUUAUUGUGAUUAUGAUUGUUGCCGUUAAUGAAAUUCUACAGGUACAUAAGUUCAAUAACAUGCUUUAAGUAAGUAUAAAUGUUACUCCGAUUGAAUAAAGGGUAUUUAUCGAUGAA